AUGCAAGCAUCUGUCGCGAGCGAGAUUGUGAAGGCCGUCCAUAAGGCCCGCAACUGCGCCCUCUACUGCGACUACAAAACCGCCCUUCAGUACUACAGCAGCAUUCGAAAUGAGAUUACCUUGCACACCCGCAGCAUCGACGACGUUCUCUGCAGCCGGUGGAUGAGUCUGCUAGGGGAACUGGAGAGCGAGGCGCAGAUCAUCCGCGAUACGCAGGCGGAACUGCACUUGUUCGUUGACCCUAAUGCUGCAAAGCGGCGCGAACCGCCUGACUGCGACGAGAAUCGCAGCAGUAGCAGCGCCGAGAAAGUUGUCGUGCCGAGGACGGGGACCAAAAAAAAGCCACGAAUAGGGGUCUCGCUCGCGAGCAGUGGCGGGUCCAACAUCAGCGUACAGAAUGCGAAACUCUACGGUGACAAAGACCGCUUCGGCCCGAUAGAGGGCCCGCAGAUCCCACCAGCUACGCGUCAGCCAGCGCGCAGCGCGGCCUCUUCCUACGCAGCGGUGUCGCCACCCUUCUUGAGCGGCAGCUCUCCGUCAACUGUGCCGCCUCGCUUCAGCCGUACCUCCUCGAGCAGCGGGGUCGGCGUUGGUCGACCCGUGGCUGCGGCAGCCAGUGUUGGUUUCCGUCAAGGUACUGGGGCCGCUACAAGGGGAAAAGUGAAGGGCAAGAGUGCAACGACCCGCUUUGUCGGCCGGCCUGGGGAGGAGGAGCUUAUUCAGCUCAUCGAGGCCGACAUGCACGUCGGCAAGCUGCCGGUCACGUGGGACGAUAUCGCGGGCCUUGAGGAGGCGAAGCGGCUGCUGGAGGAAGCGGUGGUAUACCCGGUGCUCAUGCCCGAUUACUACCAAGGCAUCCGCCGACCGUGGAAAGGCGUGCUCAUGUACGGUCCGCCGGGCACCGGCAAGACGAUGCUUGCCAAGGCGGUCGCUUCAGAGUGCAACACCACAUUCUUCAAUAUAUCCCCCGCGACGCUCACGAGCAAGUGGCGUGGCGACAGCGAGAAGCUUAUCCGCGUGCUUUUCGAGAUGGCGCGCCACUACGCCCCGAGCACGAUCUUCAUCGACGAGAUCGACUCCCUGUGCGGGCAGCGAGGCGGCGGCAACGAGCACGAGGCCUCGCGACGAGCAAAGGGCACGCUGCUGGCGCAGAUGGACGGUGUCGGGGCGGACACCGACAAGAUCGUCAUGGUGCUCGGCGCGACGAAUCACCCAUGGGACAUCGAUGAAGCGAUGCGUCGCCGCCUGGAAAAGCGCAUCUACAUAGCCCUGCCCGAUGCGGCGGAUCGCGUGGAGCUGUUUAAAAUCAACACAAAGUCAAUCAAGCUGGGAAGCGAUGUGGACUUUGUGAAGCUGUCCCAAUUGCUGGAGGGUCGCCACUACAGCGGCGCCGACAUCACGAACCUGGUGCGAGAUGCGGCUAUGAUGACUAUGCGGCGCUUCAUGAAGGAGGCGGACAAGACAACGUUGAAGGAGAACGCGGCGGAGAUUGGCCGGCAGGUGGCGGAGCAGCCCAUCAACAUGAGUGACUUUCUGGCCGCUAUGAAGAAGGUCCCGAGCAGCAUCAACGCCGACAACAUCAAGAAGUUCGAAGCAUGGAAAAAGGAGUUUGAACUGAACAUUUAG